GGAACAUGGCGGCCUCCAUAUGUAGGCGGCCAUUGUGGUAGUGGGAACCGUACGGCACUUCCGUUCAGGGCCUGCUUUGCUGUGAGCCAGGCUGCAGGAAUGGGGUUUUCUGGCCUGGCGAAACUCCACGGGCUCUUCGCGGCCUACAAGCCCCCCGGGUUGAAAUGGGAACACCUGCGGGAGACCGUGGAGCUGCAGCUUCUGAAGGGUCUCAAUGCUGGGGCUCCACCUCCUGAACCCCAGCAGCGCGUGCGCUUCCUACUAGGUCCCCUGGAGGGCAGCGAAGAUAAGGAGCUCACACUCACGGCCACCAGUGUGCCUUCCCUCACCAACCAUCCGCUGGUGCGUGGACCAGCCUUCACCAGCCUGAAGAUUGGUGUGGGACACCGGCUUGACACCCCCUCUUCAGGGGUGCUUGUGCUCGGCGUGGGACAUGGAUGCCGGCUCCUCACACAUCUUCAUGAUGCUCACGUCACCAAGGACUAUACUGUGCGCGGCCUCCUGGGCAAAGCCACUGAUGACUUCAGUGAGACUGGGCGGCUGGUGGAGAAGACAACGUACGACCACAUAACCAGAGAGAAGCUGGACCGAAUCCUGGCUAUGGUCCAGGGCUCCCACCAAAAGGCGCUGGUGAAGUACUCCAACCUAGACCUUCAGACGCAGGAGGCCUAUGAGAUGGCCGUGAAGGGCCUUGUCCGGCCCAUGACCGAGUCGCCGAUGCUGAUAACCGGCAUCCGCUGCCUCCACUUUGCACCUCCAGAGUUCAUCUUAGAGGUGCAGUGCAUGCACGAGACGCAGAAGGAGCUGCGCCGGCUGGUACACGAGCUGGGCCUGGAGCUAAAGAGCAGCGCCGUUUGCACGCAGGUACGGCGCACGCGUGAUGGCUGCUUCACUCUGGCCCAGGCCCUCCUGCGCAGCCAUUGGGACCUGCACAGCAUCCAGAAGGCCAUCAAGGACUCUGCCCCACACGUGGCCACACUGCUCAAGGAGAACUUGAAGUCCGAACCGAGCACCUCACAACUCCCUAAUCCAAGUGACCAAAGAGACAAGCAGCUUCCAGAGUCAGAACUGUAGGAAGUUCUCUCCUCCCAGGGCCAAAAGGCUCUAAAACUAGGGUUAUAGGAGGACAGUCAGUGUGAAGGGCCACACCAUGGGCUUUGCGUGCACAAGCCACCGUACUGCACACUCCCCAACACUGCCAAGAAAGUGGGGGCCAGAAAUUCUGGUGUGGCCACAAAUUUCAAAACUCUGGGAGGUGGAGUGAUGGUAACACAGUGGGCAGGGCUCCAUUUUGGACCCCAAAGGACUGCUCUGGUUGGCACGUGGCCUGUUGGUGGCCUGGGCAAGGACCUCUCUACUUGGGAGCCUGGAGUU